GGGCAAUAUUUUCUCCCUGUUCCGCUUUUCCUCUCGUAAAAAAAGGAGAGAGGGGCUGUAGCAAUGGAGGGGGUAACUGUAGGGCACGUAUUUGACGCCGAAUGCAUCCUCAACAAACGUCCACGAAAGGGGAAGUUUGAGUAUUUGGUGAAGUGGAGAGGGUGGUCGUCCAAACAUAACAGUUGGGAGCCUGAAGAGAAUAUUCUGGACCCCAGAUUACUGGCUGCCUUCCACAAGAGAGCGCAAGAGAGGGAGCUACUCUUCCGUAAGAGAGGGAAGAGGCCAAGGGGACGUCCACGGAAAAUUCUGGAACCAGAGCCAACUGAAACCAAAUCUGACCGCUCCUCCUCCUCCUCUUCAUCCGGCCUGUCCUCCUCUCCCUCCUCCUCUUCCUCAGAAGAAGAAGAGGAAGACCACGGGAAGAAGGCCAAACCGGGUCCUCGCCUCCGGAACCUCUACCCCGUCCCCCAGAAGAGGCCCCAGAUUGUUGUGGCCAAAAAUGAGCCCGUCCGGAAAAAGCGCGGGAGAAAACCGCUGCUCCCCGAGCUGAGGGCUUUGAGACAGGCAAAGACUCGGCCGCCCCUCCCGCCCCCUUCUCCUUCUCGCCACCACCAGGUCCUCAGACCCCCCCGCGAGCCCUUCAAAGAGGAACCCCGAGGAGGGGUGAAGAAGCCUCUACAGCCAGCCAGUUUCACCUACACUGGCCUGAGCUCCAGCCGGGGCUCCAGAGAUGAGGUGGCACACCAGGUGGCUGCUGGAGGGGCCUUCUACCAGGCAGGGGCCUCCAAACCUGGGCCGCUGAACUCCAUUUGGUCAGGUCGCUCCAUGUCUACCAACACCCCCACCCCAUCCUCUCCAUCAUCCUCCUCUUCCUCUCUCAGCAGAGCUCCCCCGCCUUACAGUAAGGGCUGGUCAGAUCUGAAGCGCUCCCUCUCUGUCUCCGACACCGGCAGCAGCAAUGGCAGAGCAGAAGGGCUCAAGGUGGCUUCCUCUCUAAAACCAGGGGUGUCUACAUCCACAUCACUCUGUCUCCACAGCUCCAAGACCUCCAGUGGGUUCAGGGACUCUCCAACGGCAUGUAGCCCAGCUCAGCGCUUCCCAGCUGGGCAGAGGAGGCAGCAGGAGGGCCCAGGAGGUCAGGCAGGGAUGGUGGUUCAGCAGCAGGGAGCCAAGCCCCCCUCCUCUACCCCUCCCUCGGCCAGAGACCGCAUCAGUCAGGCCCUCAGCCUCCGAGCUCUCAACCUGCAGAGCGUCAAAAAAAUUGCGCCCGGCAAUGGUCUCCAGGGAAACGGAACCUCCGGCACCACUGGAGUUGCAGUUUCGAGGUUGAGCCUGAGAAGCAGUGCCAGUCCGGCAGGAAAAAGAGCAGGGGGAAGCAUUAAAGAGACACACACCUCGUCUGGGCUGAACCAGGGCCUGGUGUCGGGAGGGUUAGGGGGAGGGGCACUGCACUCUGGAAGCGUUCCACCAGCCAGAGUGGAGAGGGGGGAGAGAGGGAAGGACACUGGGGCAGAGACGGAGAGAGAGAUGGACAACAAGGGACCAGGGGGUGUAGGGAGGGGGAAUGGAAGGGUGGAGAAAGGGGGGAGCGUACAGGCACAGGGAGGCGUGUCCACGGUCCGCAGAGGCAGAGCUAACGGGGGGAGACAGGAGGACAGGAAGUCAGGACAGAGCCUUACCAUUAAUGAGCGGAACUCCCGGAGCGGUGACAACUCCCGGACCCUUAACGAGCUCAGCACGGGUGACUCAGAUGACACCAGCAGCAGCGAAUCAGAAGAGUGCGACUCCUCCCCCUAUCCCGACAACAACAACAACAACAACGGGGCCCGCCUUGUCUCUAUGGAGAUGGAAACGGAGACGGACUGGCGGCCAGCGCGGAGCCUUCUAGAGCACGUGUUUGUCACGGAUGUCACCGCCAACUUUGUCACGGUAACAGUGAAGGAGUCGCCGACCAGCGUGGGGUUCUUCAACGUCCGCAAUCACUAAAGCCUGUCCGUGUAUGUACAGGACGCCCAUAGACACAGGCCAUUUCCCCUCCCAAUGGUUAAAGGGACAUUACGCUUUCAAAUCAAAGUUUGACAGACAUUUUCAGACCUCUAAAGUAGUCUAAUGUCAAGAUAAAACCCACGAUAGCUGGAUCUACACAAGCUAUAUUAUGUGACAUGGUUUCAUUAGAUUACUUUAGAGGUCUGAAAACAUCUGACAUUUUAUUUAUGAGUGAAAUGUCUCUUCAAGGUAAGAAUCUGGAAGGAGCUUAAACUCACUAAGCUGAUUCUGUAUCUGUGCCUAAGGGCAACCUAUACCUGGAAUAAUAAGACACAACAUGACAUUAGGCUUGAUUCCAAACCCAUCCCUGGUCCCUUUAGCCCAUUGAUUGCCCCUUUGAAGAUUUGCAUCUGAGACAUAACAGUCAAGUAGGCUUGGGCCUGGUUCCAUUUCUGCCUUCAACCCUUUCGCCUAGGUCCUUCACUUUUCAGCAUAUUUUUUCUUAUACGUAUCCAGUCUUUUUAGAUCUGCGAGGGGGAGUCAACAAGGGAUAGGGGAAAGAGAAUGUUUUGGUAUUGGACCCUCAUCAAUUGAAGACUUUUCUGAAGACAUAGCUGUCUGUAUAGCUAUGCCAGCAUAUCCCAUCUUACUUUGUAUUCUCUUUGGACCAAAAGAGUCAUGAAUGUGAAUUGUGUAUUUUAAAAAAUCUGUUAAAAAAUUGUAUUCUGUCAGUCAGUAUUUCUCUUGCACUACAGUAUGUUAUUGUAAUAUUUUAAGCCAAUUAUAUUAGACUGAAACAUACCUACUCAUCUCAAGCAGGCAUGACAUUUUUUUUUACAGUUAUCUUCCAGUGUUAUCCCUACCAACCUACCUGUGGUGAAGAACAUUUGAAUUGAAUACAAUCACAGUCAUUGAUAGUAAGAGCAUCAUAGGAGGUGGAGAAGUGUUUUUAUUUAAUUUAUAUUUGUACAUAUGUUUCUCUCCUGUUGAUAUGAAUAUGUAUCUGUAACUCUGGUGCUUAUUAUAGCUUCACAGCUUCAGAAACUCGUAGCCUGUGUGCCUCCUGCCAUUUAUAAGGUAUUGAAAUAAACCGUGAGUACUUGUACAAGUGGGUGCUUAACCAUACCAAAACGCUCUUGUUGUUGUUGUUAUUGUUAAGUCAGUCAAUCAAACGUAUUUUAUAAAGCCUGUUUUUACAGCAGCAGUUGUUACAAAGUGCUUUACGGUCACCCAGCCUAAACCCCAAUGAGCAACCUAAGCAGAAGCAACAGCACAGUGGCUAGAAAAAAAACAAGGAAGAAACCUAGAGAGGAACCAGGCCCCGAGAGGUGGCCCAUCUUCUGGCUGUGUUUUCGUGAUUGGUAGGUGCAUCUCUUUGAUCUGUACCAAAUAUGUACUAUUAUAUUGACAAGAUAUUCAAGUGACCGCUCUAAAUGGAAAUACGUAUUUUUUUUCUUCAAAGUUGACGAAAUGCCACGUGUGCCCACUUACAUAAGUACAUUUGUAACAACCUAACCAUUACAAAACUUAUACCAAUAAAAAAAUAGACUAAUUGACA